AAAAGAAUGUACAUUAGCACAGGCCUUGAAAUUUCCACUCGCCUGCUCGUCAAUGGCGAGUGGAAAUUAUGGUGGGGGCUAGUGUGUCCCCCGGGCCAUCUUGCUGAGCAGGCUCGGAGCUCAGACCGGAUCUGUCAUUGGCACUGGGAGCCGUCAGACUGCUCAAUAGCUGAGCGCAGUGAAAGCAAAGAAAGGAGUGUGUGCUGUGCUCUUUUUAUAGGGUCCAGUGGUGGCUUCAGGGGAGAAGAGAGAGCACUUAACAGCAUGUGCAUAUGUGUGUGUGUUUGUGUGUGUCUGUGUAUGCAUAUACAUGUGUCUGUGUGUAUGUACAUGUGUGUAUCUGUACAUGUGUCUGCGUGUAUGUACAUGUAUGUGUGUGUACAUGUGUCUGUGUGUGUAUGUACA